AAGAGAACCCCAAAAGAUGUUAAAUCAACACUAUCCAAACUUCCUAGAGGCUCUACUGCGCUUGAUGAUGCAUACAAGAAAGCUAUGCAAAGAAUAAAAGGCCAGCUAAACGGAGACUACCAGCAAGCCAAAAAGGUCCUAUCAUGGAUUAUAUACGCUCAGAGACCGCUCAGCACAGAUGAGAUAUGCUGUGCUUUAGCAGUAGAGCAAGAGAAAGAGGAUCUUGACCCAGAGAAUGUACCUGAUGUCGAAGACUUGGUGUCAGUUUGCGCUGGCCUUGUCGUUGUUGAUAAAGAGAGCGCUAUAAUCCGUCUUGUGCAUUAUACAACACAAGAAUACUUUGAGCGCAUUCGGGAAGAAUGGAACCCUAAUUUUCAGCUACAUAUUGCUUCAACAUGCCUUACAUACCUCUCGUUUCGCAUGUUUAGAAGCGGUAGCUGUUCAACUAGCAACGAG